AUGAAAUGGGCAACGAAAGCCCAUAACUUAUCCUUGAAAGUUGAGUUAGAUUUCACAAAAUCGAAUACCUUGACUUCUACACUUUGGCACAAACAUAUAACUGAUGAUAUUAAAAGCAAGUGUGAUGCUAUUGCAACAAAAAUAAAUGGUAUGAAUAAUCCAUAUGAGAAAACAAAUAUUCUCACAUUUAAGGAAAAAAGACAAACGAUAACAACACAAGCCGUUGAUAAAAGAAAAAAAAGAGAAACAUCAAAACUAUUUCAAUUUAGAUCAAAAAGAAAACAUCGGCCUAUUGCUGCAUGCGACAGAUGCAGAAGACAAAAAAUUUCUUGCUCAAGCAAAAGAACUGAAGAUACCUGCACUGAAUGCGAACAUAAAAACAAGAUCUGUACCUACAAAGAUAAGCUAAACAAACAACAAGAAAUAGAAUUAUAUUGCAUCUCUACUCCCAAUUUCGCUAAUAUUCCUGCUAAAAUUGUUGAAGAAGCUUCUGGGGUUUCUGACUCCAUCUCUAAUUGCAGAGAUAAGGAAACAUCUGAUACUUUGUCUGCUUCUGCUUCAGCAGGGGGUUGGAAGAGUUGGUUUAAUUAA